UAGGAAAAAUGCGAAUGGCCAUUGAAAGAAGAAGCAGUGAAAGGGAGGAAUUUCAACAAAUUACUGAGGAAAAAGACAAGAAAGCAUAAAAAACGAGCUGCAUUUGUGCUUUGGCAAGUGCAUAACUCCUUACGACACAAAGCCAAGAGUUACCAAAGCCAGCCUGCAGCGCAAACCACACAACAGGCAACACAGUCAACACAAAAAUAUAAACAGCACAGUUUAGAUGAUGAGCAGCAGAACGGACACGGACGGUUCCUCAAUCAGAUUCAGCGAUCACACACUGGACAAGGCCACCAAGGCCAAGGUGACGUUGGAGAAUUACUACAGCAACUUGGUGACACAAUACGGCGAGCGUAAGCAGCGCCUGGCAAAAUUGGAGGCCCAGCUGAAGGACGAAAGUCUAACAGAGUCGCAACGUCAGGAGAAACGCUUACAGCAUGCGCAAAAAGAGACGGAAUAUUUGCGUCUCAAGCGAUUACGUCUCGGUGUCGAGGAUUUUGAGGCGUUGAAAGUCAUCGGUCGCGGUGCAUUCGGUGAGGUGCGUUUGGUGCAAAAAAAGGACACGGGACAUGUCUACGCCAUGAAGGUGCUACGCAAAGCUGAUAUGCUCGAGAAAGAACAAGUGGCGCAUGUACGGGCCGAGCGUGAUGUUCUUGUUGAGGCCGAUCAUCAGUGGGUGGUCAAGAUGUACUAUAGUUUUCAGGACCAGGUAAAUUUAUAUUUGAUAAUGGAGUUUUUGCCUGGCGGGGACAUGAUGACGCUGUUGAUGAAAAAGGACACACUAUCCGAGGAGGGCACACAGUUCUAUAUCAGUGAGACGGCGCUGGCUAUCGACUCGAUACACAAACUCGGUUUCAUACACAGGGACAUCAAGCCGGACAAUUUGCUGCUCGAUGCGCGAGGGCAUCUCAAGCUCUCCGAUUUCGGACUCUGCACUGGACUGAAGAAGUCGCAUCGAACAGACUUUUAUCGGGACUUGUCGCAAGCGAAACCAUCAGAUUUCAUUGGCACCUGUGCGAGUCCCAUGGACUCGAAGCGUCGUGCCGAAUCGUGGAAACGAAAUCGACGUGCCCUUGCCUACAGCACAGUUGGAACGCCGGAUUAUAUUGCGCCCGAAGUGUUUCUGCAGACUGGUUAUGGACCAGCCUGCGAUUGGUGGUCGCUGGGCGUCAUCAUGUAUGAAAUGCUAAUGGGCUAUCCACCCUUCUGCUCAGAUAAUCCGCAGGACACAUACCGCAAGGUAAUGAACUGGCGCGAGACCCUUAUCUUUCCGCCAGAGAUCCCCAUAUCGGAGGAGGCAAAGGAGACGAUCAUCAAAUUCUGCUGUGAGGCGGAUCGCCGGUUGGGCUCACAGCGUGGACUGGAAGACCUGAAGUCGGUGCCGUUCUUUCGCGGCGUCGACUGGGAACACAUACGGGAGCGACCAGCGGCCAUACCCGUUGAGGUGCGCUCCAUUGAUGAUACGUCUAAUUUCGAUGAAUUUCCUGAUGUCUCGCUGGAGAUACCAUCAGCGCCUAUACCGCAGGGCGGGGAGAUUGCUAAGGAUUGGGUCUUUAUCAACUACACGUACAAGCGAUUCGAGGUGCGAAAUCUGGAGUGAAGCAGGACUCGUAGCUGGAGCAGGAGCAUAAUCGGUCGCAUCGUCAGGGUUGCCUUUGCCGCACUUUGCCACCCACACUUGUAUUUUCACCAUCAUAGCCGUCGUCUCCGUCGCCGUCGUCGUCGUCGUCUCUCUAACAUCAUCCACCACCAAGAGCAAAAGCAUUCUCCACGCUAAGCAAAAACUUAAUUUUCCUUUUUGAAUAUCUUACCUACAUGUGUAUUUAAAUACUAGCUAACAUUUGUGAUUCCAAAACGAAAAGAAAGUGAAGAUAACGAGAUCUAACGAUUGUGUGUUGUAUGUAAAAAUGUUUUGCUUAAAGCGUUACCCGCGCACCCCCACACCAUGCACUCUCCUCUCAUGCCUCAUGCCACCCAGCAGCGGCAGUGGCUGAGUGGGCAUCUCUCAAAUUAAGUUAAAACCAUACCAUAGUGCUCCCAUGUCCUUCCAUUUUAACGUUGCGUUUGUAAGCAAAAGAGCAAAAGUCAAUGUUUCGGCCACUUAGGGACCCAUUUGGCAUUUUCCGUAUACCUCUUAUUUACAUUACUUCGUUGGGCAGCAGCAAAAUGCCCACAACAUCUUUUUAUUUAGCCAAUUGAGAAAUGUUAUAAAAUUUAGCCACGUUAAUUAUAUAUAAAUGUAUAUGUAUGUACGUAGAUACAUACGAGAUAUGUUUUGUAUCAAUUUCGAAUGAAAAAAUCACUUUAUAAUUAUUAAAACAUGCAAAAGCAGAAAUAUUUUUGAAACAAAACACACACAAAUUAGUUACUAAUGUCACACACAACAAACCAUAUAUAUGUAGAUGUAUGUAUGUAUUGGUUUCGAUCUAUGUACACAAAAAUUCCACUCCCAAACGGACCCCCAGACCCCAAGCGCCUCUGUAGAAAGAAACACAACAUAUUUUAGACAUUCGAUUGUAGCUCUCCGGUGGAAUUCAUUCUGCGUUCUAUGUUAUUCUCGUAAUUGUAGUUUCAGAGCUAAAGUGAAAAAUACCAAGUUACUGCUGGUCGAAAAACGCAAAUACAUAACGUAAAUGCAUAAAUUAUAUUUGGAAUUAUGUAGUACAUAUAUA